GAGGUUGUAUUUGUGGCUCUGUGUCUGACCUGAACAGGUUACAGUGGACGUCCGGACAUAUACUACGCACCUGACAUCUCAUCUGUAAACGGUAGAAAAGAACAAGCAAGAUCCCCCAUCUUGUGAAUAAGCACAGAGAUAAGAGAAGAGAGAGAAACUACCUGUCACCAGAAAUAAUGAGGGAAACUUGGAGAAAUGAUCCUGAAGGACCCGUCUGAUGGAAUGAAAAACCCGACAGGGAUGUAAACACGGACCAACAAAUCUCUUAUGAGAAGUGUUUUCCAUGAUGAUGCCACGUGAGAUUUAUCUCCUAACUCACCUGCUCCUGCUCCUUCAGCAGCUCCUUCCCCUCACCAUGUCUCUCCUCCACCCUCCUCACCAUCCGCCCAUCCACGUUCCCUCACUGCUUCCCCAUGCACCAACGCCUCUUGCUCGUUCCCGCUUCAGCUCUCAGGCUCAGCUGGACCUCACCACUCACUGUAACUCUAGCUGUUUCCACAGAGCAGAGCAGGAGGAGGUGAGGGAGCAGCUGACUGAGAAACUGGCCUUUGAGACGCUGUAUGCAGACGGCUCCCGCACUCUCACCACGGUAGAAGUGGAGGGCGAUGAUGACUUUGAAGGAGAUAGAUAUCACUCGGCUUAUCUGCCUCCCUGGAGACAUCAGGGUAUGAAGUCAAGGCACAAGCGUGUGAGGAGGCAGAUCUAUGGAGCGGACGGGCGUUUUAAUAUCAAAGGUGAUAACUUCCUGUUGGAUUACCCUUUCUCCACAGCGGUGCGCAUCUCUACCGGUUGCACCGGUGUUCUUGUGUCCCAGCAACAUGUCCUUACAGCUGCUCACUGUGUACAUGAUGGGAAAGAUUAUGUCAAUGGGGCGCGGAAGCUCAGGGUGGGCUUCCUGAUUCCUCCAUCCACUAACAGCACUAAAACCGGCUUGAAUUCUGCUAAGAAGCCUUUAGUCCGCUGGGUGCGGGUGAAACGUACCCGUGUGCCAAAGGGCUGGAUCCAGGGCCCACAGGAGAUCAGCAUGGACUUUGAUUAUGCUCUACUGGAGCUGCGUUGGCCUCACCGCCGUCCAUUCAUGCGCCUCUCAGUGACUCCGUCCUCUGAUGAUCUGGCAGGAAACCGAAUCCACUUCUCUGGUUUUGAUAGUGAUAGGCCUGGGGAGCUGGUAUACAGAUUUUGUCCUGUGGAAGAAGAGUCAAGUGACCUCAUAUACCAGCACUGUGAUGCCCGCCCUGGGGCCAGUGGCUCUGGAGUCUAUGGACGAGUGUGGGACAACAAUUUGGAGCGCUGGGAAAGGAAGGUUAUUGGGAUUUUCUCUGGACACCAGUGGCUGGAGAUUGAUGGAGAGAACAGGGACUACAAUGUGGCUGUGCGCAUCACUCCUCUGAAGUUUGCCCAGAUCUGUUACUGGGUGCAUGGAAAUCGACUAGACUGUGUUCAAGAUUAAGGAAGUUUUAAAAGUAUAGCAUAAAAAAUAGAAGAAAGCACAAAGUUACUUUAGAAACUACAGGGUGAAAUGUCAUAUUACUUCUGAAGAAAGGACCUGACUUAAAUCCAUGCAGACUCACUACACCAGUAAAACAGAUCAAUUUCUGGAUCCAUUUCCCACAUUGAUUUAUUUCCCCUUUUGUAUUUAAUUGGCUACCUGUAACCUCUGU